GGUCCAGGGAGACCGGAUAUAGUGAAUGCAGGGGGGAGACCAGGGGAUAGAGAUAUAGUGAAUGCAGGGUCGGAGAAGAUGAUCGGAUACAGUGAAUGCAGGGUCCGGGAAGAUCGGAUACAGUGAAUGCAGGGUCCGGGGAGAGCGGAUAUAGUGAAUGCAGGGUCCGGGGAGAGCGGAUAUAGUGAAUGCAGGGUCCGGGGAGAGCGGAUAUAGUGAAUGCAGGGGUCCGGGGAGAGCGGAUAUAGUGAAUGCAGAGUCCGGGGAGAGCGGAUAUAGUGAAUGCAGGGUCCGGGGAGAG